AAGUGAAAUAUCUUCAAGAUCUGGUCUUGAGGAACUACACGUCAUCUUAGAGCCUUCAGCACAUUUGAGUCUGACAGUUUUCGAGCUGGUGUCUGAGAAAACUAAAUUUAUUUCCAAAUUUAUCCUCACUGAUUGUCCCACAGCAAGAAAAUGGCUGAAGCUGAAGUUCUUUAUAAUAUUAAGUCCACAAGAGCGAGGGGAAACACAGAUGUGGCCACACCCUCUACGGAUGAACACAUUUAUUCCAACAUCAGUUACUCAGAAACUCAGCGACCUGGCUCCAAACAACCUGCAGCAUCAAACAGGCGAUCGGGGGUCACAUCGGAGCGAGUGGCCCUGCUGGUCCUCAGUGUUCUCCUGGCAGCUGCUGUCAUAGCUCUUGGUGUAACCCUUCAUGAAAAUACUCAAACCAAGAAGAGUCUCCAAAAGCUUGAAGAUGAGGCAAAAAAUCUCACAGAUGAAACAUGUCCGAGCUGCGAGGGCGGCUGGGAGCCACAUGGAGGAAAGUGCUACUUCUUCUCCUCAGUUAAGUUAACCUGGAAUGAGAGUAGAACACAAUGCACAUCAAUGAGAGGAGACCUGGUUGUGACAAACAACAGAGAGGAGCAGGAAUUCCUGGAGUCUAAAGUGAGGGAAAAAAUGGACAAACCUAAUGACAUGUUCUGGAUCGGACUGACAGACUCAAAGAACGAGGGUGAAUGGCUUUGGGUGGACGACACACGACUGGAUCCAAGUUUGAAGUUUUGGUAUGACGGCCAGCCAGACAACUGGAAAGUGGAGAAUCCUGAUGGAGAGAACUGUGUGAGGAUGGCUCAGAAGCUGAUUGAAUAUUACCUGCAGGACAUCGAGUCGCUGCUAGGAGUUUGUCGUGUGGGUUCCUGGCUGAGCUUCAGUCGUACAUAUGGAACGUGGAAGCGCAGGGAAGUGGUCCGGGUGUGGUCCAGGCUGCAGCAGGUGAGCUGGGUGAAGGACAGCUGGCGGUGCUGCUCCAUCGUGGUGAAGCCAAAGUCCUCGCAGCAGAAGAAGAGUAGGGUGUUGGGACGAUGGGGGAGUACGCCCCCAGCUGGACAACCCGCAGACAGACCCUUGUGCUUGUCGGCUAUCGCCUCCUUCAGCUGCGCGCUGGGAGCCAUGUCUGCAGCGGAGGAGGAACUUUCACCGGUGUCCCACAGCAAGAAAAUGGCUGAAGCUGAAGUUCUUUAUAAUAUUAAGUCCACAAGAGCGAGGGGAAACACAGAUGUGGCCACACCCUCUACGGAUGAACACAUUUAUUCCAACAUCAGUUACUCAGAAACUCAGCGACCUGGCUCCAAACAACCUGCAGCAUCAAACAGGCGAUCGGGGGUCACAUCGGAGCGAGUGGCCCUGCUGGUCCUCAGUGUUCUCCUGGCAGCUGCAGUCAUAGCUCUUGGUGUAACCCUUCAUGAAAAUACUCAAACCAAGAAGAGUCUCCAAAAGCUUGAAGAUGAGGCAAAAAAUCUCACAGAUGAAACAUGUCCGAGGUGCGAGGACGGCUGGGAGCCACAUGGAGGAAAGUGCUACUUCUUCUCCUCGGUUAAGUUAAUCUGGAAUGAGAGUAGAAGACAAUGUGAAUCAAUGAAAGGAGACAUGGUUGUGAUAAACAGCAGAGAGGAGCAGGAAUUCCUGGAGUCUAAAGUGAGGGAAAAAAUGGACAAACCUAAUGACAUGUUCUGGAUCGGACUGACAGACUCAGAGAACGAGGGUGAAUGGCUUUGGGUGGACGACACACGACUGGAUCCAAGUUUGAAGUUUUGGUAUGACGGCCAGCCAGACAACUGGAAAGUGGAGAAUCCUGAUGGAGAGAACUGUGUGAGGAUGGGUGAGAAAGACGGACCCAAGUACCUGAAGACCUGGUUCGAUAGAUCUUGCAAAGCGGAUCAAAAAAGUAUUUGUGAGAAACCAGAAAAAUCGUGUUGGUUCCUGGCUGAGCUUCAGUCGUACAUAUGGAACGUGGAAGCGCAGGGAAGUGGUCCGGGUGUGGUCCAGGCUGCAGCAGGUGAGCUGGGUGAAGGACAGCUGGCGGUGCUGCUCCAUCGUGGUGAAGCCAAAGUCCUCGCAGCAGAAGAAGAGCAGGGUGUUGGGACGAUGGGGGAGUACGCCCCCAGCUGGACAACCCGCAGACAGACCCUUGUGCUUGUCGGCUAUCGCCUCCUUCAGCUGCGCGCUGGGAGCCAUGUCUGCAGCGGAGGAGGAACUUUCACCGGGUCAGUGAAGAAUCGAGAAGCCGGAGACAGCGCAGCAGAGUCGUUGUCCCACAGCAGGAAAAUGGCUGAAGCUGAAGUUCUUCAUAAUAUUAAGUUCACAAGAGCGAGGGGAACCACAGAUGUGGCCACACCCUCUACGGAUGAACACAUUUAUUCCAACAUCAAUUACUCAGAAACUCAGCGACCUGGCUCCAAACAACCUGCAGCAUCAAACAGGCGAUCGGGGGUCACAUCGGAGCGAGUGGCCCUGCUGGUCCUCAGUGUUCUCCUGGCAGCUGCUGUCAUAGCUCUUGGUGUAACCCAAAUACUCGGUAAGACAAAGUACAAAGUGGAGCAGCCAUGUCAACCUCCUUCAGUAAGAAAUGAAACAUGUCCGAGGUGCGAGGACGGCUGGGAGCCACAUGGAGGAAAGUGCUACUUCUUCUCCUCGGUUACUUUAACCUGGACUCAGAGUAGAAAACAAUGCAAAUCAAUGAGAGGAGACCUGGUGGUGAUAAACAGCGAAGAGGAGCAGAGAUUCCUGCAGCCUAGAGUGAGGGAAAAAAUUGAAACUAAUGAGGAAAAGUUUUGGAUCGGACUGACAGACUCAAAAAAAGAGGGUGAAUGGCUUUGGGUGGACGACACACAACUGGAUCCAAGUUUGACAUUUUGGCAUGAGGGCGAGCCAAACAACUGGACAGGGGAUAAUCCUGAUGGAGAGGACUGUGUGAGGAUGGGGGAGAAAAACAAACCCAAGGACCUGCAGAUCUGGAUCGAUCAAUCCUGCAAAUCGCCUCAAAACAGUAUUUGUGAGAAACCAGAAAAAGCCUGAGCCUGAAUCCAGUUGGAUCAGAUUGAGCUCGAGUCCUCAGGCACUUUCACAAACUGAGGCAUGAAGCUUUAUUAAUGAAGAUCUUUUCCAGACAUAAACAACUUUGAAUAAUAUCUAGAGUCUCAUAUGUUCUUCAGUUUCCUUCUUAUUUUAAAGUGACGUCUACUCCUCCCUCAUAUAAAAUCUAUGAAUAUUAAAGAUUAUAUAUAAUA